AAUAACUAGCUAACUUUUUCUCUAGUAUUGGUUCAUAAGCAAACCAGCAGGCCAUUCUCUCUGUUGCGAAUGCCGCGUCUUUCUUGUACGCUUUGUACGAUUCCUUUGGAGCUUGAAUUUUGUCAAAUUUGAUCCGUGUUUCUUUCGGUAUGGAGAGAGAUUUCUUGGGUUUGGGGUCGGGGAAAGUUUUGCCAUCGGGGAAGGAGGAAUCCGGUGAUUCAGUGCCUGCUAGAGGGUUGGGGAUGCAGUGGUCCUUCCCCAACAAGGUUUCAGCCAUUCCUCAUUUUCUGUCCUUUAAGGCAGUUCAAGAAGAUAGGCCUAGAAGGAGUGUGUAUGAUCAUCCCUUUGCAUCAUCUGGGCUAAUGUCUGUAUCCACUGCAGAUGCACUUGAAUCUAAGCAGCAACCACACCCUGGUGUUUUGCAGAAAAAUUUGAAUCUUGAAAAGCAAGUGGGAAGCCAGUUUGUAAUGACAGGCUAUCCUCUUCAACACAUAGAUUCACGGUCAGUCCGCCGUGCUCAUGAAGUCGGGAAAUUCCCGGCCUCCAACCAACCAAACCAUUCCAUUUCUGUUGCUUUUAGCAACCCAGUUCUCCAAUCUCAAAUUGCUUUCAGUGGACCCAGUGUGGGCAGUUCUGCUGUAAAGCCACAGCCUCUUGGAGGAGUUCCAGUAGCAGCCCCUGGUUCCUUUCCUACCAUCUGUUCCUUCAUUGGAGCUACUGAUCAAAAGAAUGCUUCCAAGCCCCCUGGGCCAGCUACUCAGCUGACUAUCUUUUAUGCCGGUUCAGUGAAUGUUUUUGAUGGCAUCUCUCCUGAGCAGGCUCAGGCUAUUAUGUUAUUGGCUGGAAAUGUCCCUCCUGUAAGUCCCAAUACUACACUUCCCGCACCUCAAGGACAGGGGCCGAUCAUAAUGCCCUCUGGAGGUGAUGGUUUUAUCGGGAACCAAGCUCAUACUUCACAACCUGGCUCAGGUCUUCCAACCCCUAUUUCUGCUUCAUCUAAUGUUGGCUCUCAGCCAGGGGGAGGACCUAAUAGCAUUGAUGAGUUGAUGGCAGGGAAAACAAAAGGAGCUUUGACAUCCACCAACCAACCAGAGCCUCCCAACGUAGUCACUUCACUAGGAUCCACUACUCCAACCUAUAUUCCAGCAGUACCUCAGGCUCGUAAAGCAUCAUUGGCUAGAUUUUUAGAGAAGCGCAAAGAGAGGAUGAUGAGCGCAUCGCCCUAUAAUGGCAGCACCCCUGCAUCAAAUGUUGUUGGUUUCUCCAUGAAUUCUGCACUCUGCUAGUUCUCUCCCAGCCAUGGGUUAGCGUUCAAGGAAGUCAAGAAAAAGUUGCCCAGGGAUUUAGAUAUGGCAGCGGAGGAUCUUCUUCCGGUUCAUUGUUAAUUCUAGUAAAAGCUCAAUUCUUUCUACCCCAGAACUCAGUUUGAGUCUCUUAGAUAUAUGGUUUUAGUCUGGUGUUUUUCUUUACUGUGAUUGUAGUCUUUUUAUUGGAUAGAAGAAUACUGUAUGACCACCUUUUAAAACAAAUUAAUCUUCAUCAUGCUGUAAAAAUGAUUAUUAUAGCCUUUUGAUUCCUUCUUCUCUG